AUGGCCAUCACCAAUACGACCAGCACUGUUCAGGCGAUCUUUGCCCUCCACACAGCAACGGCCGGAUUGGCCCUUCUCAUGCUCGUCACAGCUGGCUUGGUCUUUCUCAAGCAACUGAAGAGCGGCACCAGUCGUCCGGGUGGAUGGAAACGGUUCUCACACAGCGUCGGUGUGCCCAGGCAUUCCAGCCUGGGGACACACUUCUGGCUCAUGUCCGGACUGUUCUGCCUGAUGGUCGCGUACGCUGCCCAAGCAGCUGUCGUCGCCCUCCAGACCAUGAUCAACUCGCCAUUCUCGAUCACUUCGGCGUAUUCUUACCCGUCGUAUGGAACAUCGAAUGUAGUGACUGGCGCCAACUACAGCAAGGAUAUUUCCAUCCUGUCUUUCCUCUACCAGUUCGCUAGUAUCCUGGUGAACGUCUGCAUCGUUGGUGCUAUCUGGAUGCAUGCCAACCACUUGGAGUGCAACGGGACCGGCAUCAGGGCACCUGGCUUCAUUUCAUGGAUCUGGAACCAGUUCUGGAUUUUGGCUAUGCUUGGGCUUGGCUUCGCUGCUUGGGGUCUUGCAUACACCCGACGCGGCAACGGUAACGAUGCUCUGUAUUUCCUGUCCAUUCUCAGCAGCAGCUACAUCACGCGCUCUGUAUACGUUGCAUAUGUCGCAGUUACCAUUGCGGCAUCAACCAGCGCGACCCUUGAGGCGUUACUGUGUUUGACUGGUGUGAAGAAGAACGGUUUAGGAGGCACUGUGACUAACACCAAGCGCAUCCUCGGCUCUUUCGCCUUCAUGGUUCUCCCCAUUGUCUGGUUGCGAAACGCCUUCAGCAUCGCACAGGUUGUCAUACUCUAUCACAACGUCAACAACUGGUCUCGCACCACUAACCAAGCCCUCGCUUUUCUCUUCAUCAUUUUCGGUGAGCUGGCCAAUCUGGCCAUCCUUGGUCUGGUACUUCUUGGUGCUAUGAGUUUUAGCAAGACCCUCAACGAUAGACCUACUGCACUUACCAAGAGGGAACCUCGUGCUUCGUCAAUGUCCAGACACACCCGCGACGAUGUGUCUGAGAAGACGGAUGUGUAG